AUGCCAAGCAUCGGUGUCAACCUACGCGUGACCGGUUACUGCAACCAGGGUGGCAGGAAGUACAUGGAAGAUAUGUUUUCGGUGGCCUACCAGCAGACACCGGACAUGAAAGACCUGGAGUACGCCUUCUUUGGCAUAUUUGACGGACACGGUGGUUCGGAAGCUGCUGCAUAUGCCAAGGACCAUUUGCUCGACAACAUCAUCAAAGAUGAUGCAUUCUGGUCAAAAAACGAUGAUGACGUAUUAAGAGCUAUCCGUAAUGGUUACGUAAAUACUCAUAUUGAAAUGUGGAAAAAAUUAGAAAAUUGGCCUAGAACUCCAUCUGGUUUACCUAACACGUCUGGCACCACAGCAAGCAUAGCAUUUAUAAUGAGAGGAAAAAUUUAUACAGGUCACGUUGGUGAUAGUUGUAUAGUACUUGGUUAUCAAGACGAAGAAAACGGAGAGUGGAAAGCUAAACCAUUAACACGAGAUCAUAAACCAGAGUCAUUUGAAGAAAAACUAAGAAUAGAAAAGUGUGGAGGCAAAGUUAUUAAUAAAUCUGGGGUUCCUCGAGUAGUAUGGAAUAGGCCACGCAUUGGUCAUAAAGGUCCCGUACGCCGUUCAACUACAAUUGAUGAAAUACCGUUCCUAGCAGUAGCUCGUGCUCUUGGUGAUUUUUGGAGUUUCAAUUCUGAGCAUAAUACAUUUGUUGUAUCUCCUGAACCAGAUGUUGAAGUUUUCAAUGUUGAUCCUUCUAAACAUCGUUGUUUGAUAUUUGGUACUGAUGGCUUAUGGAAUGUGCUUUCAGCAGAUGUAGCUAUUUCAAAUGUGUAUGGAACAGAAAAACAUAAUAUUGAAAUGAAAUCUUUAGAAAAAGUAGAUUGGUUAAAUCCAUCAAAAAAUCUUGUUGACAAAGCAAUAUUACAAUGGAAUAAAGUAAGAUUGAGGGCUGACAAUACUACUGUUAUUACAUUAAUGUUAGAUCCACCUGGUCCACCUGCUCCACAAGUGCUAUUAAAACAUAAAAUGCAGACUGGCAAUAUGAAAUGUGAAGAUAAAAAUAGUUGUAAAUGUGUUGAUGGAGAUCCACAAGUUCAAAGAUUUGGUCGAGGUUCAAGUAGUGGAUAUGCCAUAUUCACUAGAUAUCCUACAGACCAUCAUCUAAGAGCAUCGAGUGCUCUUGCCAGCACUUCAAAACCAUAUCCUAAUACUCCUUUAGAAACUCCACCUUUAAAAACAAAUAAAGUACUCAGAACAUCUGCAAAAAUUAAUAAUAAUAAUAAUAAUAAUAACAAUAAUAGUGCUAGUAAAAAGGAAGAUCAACCAGCAGAAAAACGGUGUACACGGACAAGCAGUGGAAGAAUUGUCAAAAAACAAAAAUUAAAUGAAAAGUCUACAACUAAUGAUGAGACUUCGAAAUUUGGAAAUAGUGAUUCUGAAAAUGAGCAAAUGCCACGUGGACCUUGGCUGUUGUCUCCAACUAAAACAAUUAAACCUGAAGAUACUAAAGUAGGUGUAGUAUUAAGAAGUUCUGGAAAAAUCCAAAAGGUAUGGAAAUGUAAUGACACCAAAGAAGAUUCCACUCCAACUAAGAUUACGACAAUAUCAAAAAUUAAGACUCCUUUGACAGAACCAAUGACUAGAAUAUUAAGGUCACACAAAAAAAAAGAUAGUAGAAGAUUCAAAAAAGUUACAUCUAGAUCAUCUUGGUCAGCGGGCAUGGUCACUCGUAGUCAUAGGAGAAGUGUUAAAUGUUAA